CCGCACCUGCAGCCCCAGCCCUUUCCCGGUUGCGACGACGCUCCUUCUUCUCGGCACCGUCCGCUCCGCCGCCCCGCCGAUUGGCAGUUGCUUGAGCCAAUCAGAAGGUCUCCCGGGUCGGGGGCGGGGCCUCACUCCAGAGUUGCCCUGUCAGUGCAGGUGGAGGCCCCCGGCGGGGCAAAGUGGCAGGAACCUCUUAAAGGGCGAGAGCGGCGGAGAGCGAGAACGCGGCCCGGCCCGGCCCGGCCAGGUCCCCGCCCCGUCCGGCCCAGAGAAGAGUUUAGUGGCUGAGGCUGAAAAUUCACAGCACCAACAACAGAAGGAAGAAGGUGAGGGAGCCACAAAUUCCGGCCAACAAGAAACUCAGCUGGAGGAGCCUUCUCAAGAGGCAGCUGAAGGAGAUAAUCAGUGUGAACAGAAGCUGAAAACAUCUAAUGGAGAUACUCCUACACAUGAAGACUUAAGCAAGAACAAGGAACGGACAUCAGAAAACAGGGGCUUAUCACGGCUGUUCUCCUCGUUUCUCAAAAGGCCUAAGUCUCAGGUGUCUGAGGAAGAAGGCAAAGAAGUAGAGUCAGCUAAAGAGAAAUGUGAAGGAGGUCAGAAGGAGAUAGAAUUUGGAACCGGCCUUGAUGAAGAGAUCAUUUUAAAGGCCCCAAUUGCAGCUCCUGAACCUGAACUCAAAACAGACCCAUCCUUGGAUCUUCAUUCAUUAAGCAGUGCAGAAACACAGCCUGCCCAGGAAGAACACAGAGAAGACCCAGAUUUUGAAACUAAAGAAGGAGGAGGACUUGAAGAGUGCUGUAAAAUAGAAGUGAAAGAAGAAAGUCCUGAAUCAAAAGCAGAAAGAGAAUUAAAAACUUCCCAGAAAUCAAUCAGAAGACACAGAAACAUGCAUUGCAAGGUUUCUUUGUUGGAUGACACAGUUUACGAAUGUGUUGUGGAGAAACAUGCUAAGGGACAGGAUUUGCUUAAACGAGUGUGUGAGCACCUCAAUCUUUUGGAAGAGGACUACUUCGGACUAGCCGUUUGGGAUAAUGCAACCUCUAAGACAUGGCUGGAUUCUGCCAAAGAAAUAAAAAAGCAGGUUCGUGGUGUCCCCUGGAAUUUCACCUUUAAUGUCAAGUUUUAUCCACCUGACCCAGCACAGUUAACAGAAGAUAUAACAAGGUAUUAUUUAUGCCUCCAGCUUCGACAGGACAUAGUUGCAGGACGUCUGCCCUGUUCCUUUGCAACCUUAGCGCUAUUAGGUUCUUAUACCAUUCAGUCUGAGCUGGGAGACUAUGACCCAGAACUUCAUGGUGCGGAUUAUGUUAGUGAUUUUAAACUGGCCCCAAAUCAGACCAAGGAACUUGAAGAGAAGGUCAUGGAACUGCAUAAGUCAUACAGGUCCAUGACUCCAGCUCAAGCUGACCUGGAAUUUCUUGAGAAUGCCAAAAAGUUGUCUAUGUAUGGUGUUGACCUUCAUAAAGCAAAGGACUUGGAGGGAGUGGAUAUCAUCCUAGGUGUCUGCUCUAGUGGCCUUCUGGUUUAUAAAGAUAAGCUGAGAAUUAACCGCUUUCCUUGGCCCAAAGUGCUGAAGAUUUCUUACAAACGUAGCAGCUUUUUCAUCAAGAUUCGACCUGGAGAGCAAGAGCAAUAUGAAAGUACCAUUGGAUUCAAACUUCCCAGUUACCGAGCAGCUAAGAAAUUAUGGAAAGUCUGUGUAGAGCAUCACACAUUUUUCAGACUGACAUCUACAGACACCAUUCCUAAAAGCAAAUUUCUUGCCCUGGGAUCCAAAUUUCGAUACAGUGGCCGGACUCAGGCUCAGACCAGGCAAGCUAGUGCUCUGAUUGACAGGCCUGCUCCACACUUUGAGCGUACAGCAAGCAAACGGGCAUCCCGGAGCCUUGAUGGAGCAGCGGCUGUUGAUUCAGACAGAAGUCCUCGGCCCACUUCUGCACCAGCCAUUGCUCAGAGUCAGGUCACAGAAGGCAGUGUUCCAGAUGCAUCUGUCAAAAAAACAGUGGUCUCUAAAGCACAGAAGGAAACAGUGCAGUUCGAAGUGAAAAAGGAAGAAGAGCCACCGGAGCAAGCUGAGCCGGAGCCCACAGAAGUGUGGAAGGUGGAAAAAACCCACAUCGAGGUCACAGUACCUACCUCAAAUGGUGACCAAACACAGAAGCUUGCAGAAAAAACGGAAGAUCUGAUAAGAAUGAGGAAGAAAAAGAGAGAGAGACUAGAUGGUGAAAACAUUUAUAUCAGACAUAGCAAUUUAAUGUUGGAGGAUUUAGACAAAAGUCAAGAAGAGAUAAAAAAACAUCAUGCCAGCAUCAGUGAGCUGAAAAAGAACUUUAUGGAAUCUGUACCAGAACCACGGCCUAGUGAAUGGGAUAAACGCUUAUCCACUCACUCCCCAUUCCGAACACUUAACAUCAAUGGGCAGCUUCCCACAGGAGAAGGAGUGAAGAAAAUCUCUGUCCUUCCCUCGGAAAGAAAGGUUGGUGGGCCAGAGAAUAUAAAUGGCAUUCGCACAGAGGAGGUGGCUGCCGUGACAAAGGGGCCAUCUACCAGCCCUGACUCUGAAUGGGAUGGUCCCAAGCAUUCACUAAUUCCUAGUAAGAGCCAAAUGACCACCCCGUCGGAGUCUCCACAAAGCUUUGAGUUUGGCUCCCUCUCCAUAAGCAGCAAGGAGACAGAAGAGAAGGAGCAGGGAGCUGCUGGCUAUCUUGAUAUUAAGGAAAUGCCGGGAGGCUCAAGUGGGGAAUGUAUAGGAGUGGAGGAACAGGCCGGUGUCUUACAGUUCUCAGUAUCACCAGCUUCCUCUCAGCUGCAACUUGGUGAAAAAAAGGCAGAGAGUAGUGAAGAACAUGUUACACCAGGAGAGCCACUUGGAAAGCACAAUGGAUCAUUUCUUGACUCUCGUGUGGGUAACCAGUUCCCCACCCUCAUUCGAAGUUUCCAGCCUCCCCUGGUGAAGACUCAGACUGUCACCAUCUCAGAUACUGCCAGUGCUUUGAAAAGCGAAAUCCCAACCAAAGAUGUCCCUAUUGUUCACACUGAGACCAAGACCAUCACUUAUGAGGCUGCCCAGACUGAUGAUAGCAACGGAGACUUGGACCCAGGAGUCUUGCUAACAGCUCAGACCAUCACAUCUGAGACCACAAGCAGUACAACCACAACUCAGAUUACCAAGACUGUAAAAGGUGGGAUUUCAGAGACACGGAUUGAGAAGAGAAUUGUGAUCACAGGAGAUGCCGAUAUUGACCAUGAUCAGGUCCUCGUACAGGCCAUCAAGGAGGCAAAGGAGCAGCACCCAGACAUGUCAGUGACCAAGGUGGUCGUCCACCAGGAGACCGAAAUCUCUGAGGAAUGAGCUCAGGAACUAUCCUACCCCAACUCCCCGCCUGUCUCCCAUCCAAGAGAAAACCAGCAAAGUGAUAAAGAAGCUUUCCUGCAAUAGUCAGACAUCAGACUUUGAAAAUUACUCUAAACCACCAGAAAAUCUCACUUUCUAUUUGGAAUUUAUACCAAGAGAGUCUUCUAGACAUCACUGGUUCUUUUAAUACUUUUUCUACAUUGUGAUACCAGAAAUUGUUCAACUUUUCACUCUAUGGACUGUUUUUAAAGAGCUUUUUGGUUUUUUUAUGGGGUGGUUUGUAACCCCUUUAACCUAGCCUCUCUCCAUUUAUUUCCAACCCAGAUUCUGACAGGCCCACAGAAUUCUUGGGGAAAUCCUCCAAAGAUUCUGUCAGCUGUGUUGGGGGCCAAAGCCAGCUUAAUGGGGCUUUCCUGCUCGUCCCCUAGUUUUAUACCCUUUGGAUGUCAGCAGAAACUUCAUUCACCAGCCCUUUCUCAGAGCCAAUGAUGUGACUUUACCAUGUGAGGCAGGGCAGCUGUCCUGAUCCACAGGCCCCAGGAAAACGUCCCUGUCCCUUUGUUGAGGGUGGUUUCAGUGAGGCAGAGAUCUCUGCUAAGAAUGUAGUGUUGUUUUUCCUUCUUUCCUCCUAUUCUUUCUUUUUGGAGCUUCUUUAGAUCAAAGACAUAAGAAGUUGUUUCAUAUCUAUCUGAUACUGUGAAUGUUUGAACAUAUCCGUGGCCUUCACCUUCCUGCCCUCCCUCCCCUUUUACCUCAUCAGAAGCAGUGGCUCUGCUAAGUGCUCCCCCCACUUCCCAUCUCAGGAGACCAAAACUCACAGAAAAAUAGGCACUUUUGGCCAGAAGCUCCAAUGGCACAUUUUUAGUGGUGAUUUAGGCAAGGAGAAAGUUAAUGAGGUUUUAAAAAAGGUUUUCUAGUUCUGGGAAUGUGCACUUCACACAGGGGAAUGGUGGGGUUUACCUCAGUCAGAUCUUGCUAAGAAGUAUUUCCAGGUGACCAACCCUGGGCCUCUUUCUUUAAUCCUGGGAUGACAGGGAAUGUGACUCAGAGAGGAGGUCUUGUUCCUUGUCCUUUCUUCUCCUGACUGGUACCUGCCUGCAGACACCCUUCUGGAGCAAGGGAAUUGACUUUUAGGGGCCAUCCUUCCCACAAAACCCUGCACGACAAGGGGAACAAACACCAGCCCUGCUCGUUCCCACUCGCCAUCUGAGGUCUGUCAGGUUUUAUAGGCUUGAUUUUUGUGGUGGGUUGUGGGUUUAUUUUACUUUUACUUUUUUGUUGUUGUUGCUGUUCGUUUGGUUUUGAAAAUGGGACUGACUGAUGUGCCCAGUUCCACCAUUCCUGGUAGGUCUGGGGGCAUUUUUAUUCAAUAGCACUUCUCGAAUCUUCCAGCUUGCUCCCACAAACACAUCUGCCCGGAAGUUCUUGGAAUCUUAUUCUGGGACAGAAGUGAACCUCAUGAGAUAGACAGCGGAUCACAGUCAGCAGUCUCGGGGGGCUCCGGAGCAGUGAGAGACGUCGAAAACCCCUGCUCCCCACUGUGGGAGGCAGCCACCUGUGUCCAAGGCCUCUUCUGGCCGAGUCUGGUUUUAGACAAAUGCAGUUGGUUUGAACUGAUUGCAGACGUGUGCAUUUUCCUUUAGUACUUAUGUGAGAAUAUUACUAGCCGGGAAGCAGCUCUCUCUGGAGAGGGAUGAAGAGCUCAGGUAGGGUAUAUGACAGGCCUGCGGAGACAGGACUGCCCUGUCUCAGGAGCAGACUUCCAGCCCGUGGGCACAGGGUCUGAAACGAUGGGGCUCUCUUGGUGGUACCCAUGCCCAGGCUGCGUCGCCAGGAGUGGUGGUGAGGUUAGGAAUCCAGCUCACAUCAGAAGGCGUGUAACGUGAACUCCCUUGCCCGCGGCCAGCUGUCCUGUUGAAAGAGCUGCCAGCUUCCCAGGCUGCCAGCUGUGGAAUGAAGAGGGUCGGGGUAAGGAAGAGGGCACAGGGUGAGCAUCAGCGGCCUGGCAUGCCAGGUUCUCCACUGCCUGCACUGAUGCGGCAGCUUUCACCGCACAGGACCUAUGACAGGGGCCCACGCUUCCCCUCUGCUCUGUCACCCGCUCACAGUGCUGCUCCUCCCGCUUCCUUAACUAUAAAUUGGACCAGAAGAUCUCAAAUGCCCUUCCAGCACUGAGAAGCCACGAUUUGGACAAGCUAGGCAGAAGGUGUCCUUCCAAGCCGCUCUCCCUAUCCUGCCUCUCCGGUAACAGAUCUGAGGGUUCGACAGUUGUUUGGAUUUUAUUUCUUCCUGCAGUUGUGUGUGUGUGUGUGUGUGUGUGUGUGUGUG